GAAGCGUACACUUCCAUUUUCUCGAUCCUUUCGGUGAAUAGGGAGCACGUGUUUGCUCGCCGGUCGUGUUCAAUUCAUUUUAUUGUAUAAAACUUUGCGUCAGUUUUGUAGUCUGUUUAAACUUUGCGACCAAAGAUCAAAAAAUUCUGAUCAUCGUAAAGGCAGGUUAAUAUGAAUCCCGAAAAGUUGAAGAAGCUUCAAGCUCAAGUACGAAUCGGCGGUAAGGGAACACCCCGACGCAAGAAGAAGGUUGUACAUGCUACUGCUGCUACAGAUGACAAGAAAUUACAAAGUUGUUUAAAAAAGUUGUCUGUGAAUACGAUACCUGGCAUAGAAGAGGUUAACAUGAUUAAGGAUGAUGGUUCUGUUAUCCAUUUUAAUAAUCCAAAAGCCCAGGCUGGUUUAUCUGCUAACACAUUUGCCAUUACUGGUCAUGGCGAAAACAAACAAAUAACUGACAUGAUACCAGGAAUAAUAAGUCAACUGGGUCCUGAAAGUGUUACACAGUUGAAACGAUUAGCAAGUACAGUUUCUGGGAGCACAGUUGGUAAAUCAACAUUGGAAGAAGAUGACGAAGUACCAGAUUUAGUGGAGAAUUUUGAUGAAGCUAGUAAAGAGGAGGUUGCUCCAAAAAAGGAAGCAGAUGAAAGUGAUAAACCAGUUGGUGAUAAAAAAGAAGCUGUUACGAUUGAUGAAAAAAAAGAAGCCCCCUUAGCUACACCUGAAGCUUAAAGUGUUCAGUAACAAGCUAUUUCAUACAACUAAACUGUUGUAAUUGACAAGUCGAAUAAUACAAGUUGCAAAAGCAAUGCGUAAACGAAGUAUCACUAUACAUACGUUAUAAAUAUUUGACAUACCCUAUAAUAAUGCUAUACGAGUAACAGUUGACAAGAAAUAAAAAGGGCUGUUACAGAAAUCAAAAGUUUCUACAAACAAUGUUCUUUACUUUGUUGCAUUUGCUGAAAAGUAGACUUUGCUUUGAAACAGCUAAAAUGAUCUUACUCUUGCUGAAUUAACAUUUUAUAAUGUUAAGUGCGUACGAGGAAUGGUGUUUGAAUUUUACGCAUUUAAUUUGAAUGUUUAUUCACGUGAAACGCAAUAUGAAUCUAUAAUUUUUAUUAUGAUCACAUUUAUGAUAAGAUCAUAUUUUUCUCAUUGUCACAUAUUGUGUUCGUAUGUGUUUUUACUUGCUGAGAGUAAACUCAAAGAAUUUAUAGAGAUAUAAUUAGUAAAGCGAAAUGAAAUUCUGGCAAGAAAUAAUAGCUUUCCGCCUAUUUGCAAUGUAGGGGAAAGAAAUUUAUAUGCAUUGUAGAAAAAGAAGAAAAACGCGCGAAGUACUGAGGCACCUCUAUUUUAAUCGAAGUUAAUAUACGGAUAAGAAUAGUUUUUCGCAACAGCGUUCCAGCGUGAAAAAAAUGAGGUGUAAUAUUUUGUAAUGUAAUCUAUGGAAUAAAUUUGUUU